AUGAAGUCCUUCUCCGCUGUCGCUGUCCUGCUGGCUGCUGCCGGCAUGGCCUCUGCUGCCGACCUGUCCGCCUCUAAGUGCGCUCAAAUGUGCAUUUCCAACAUGCACGAGAAGGCGUCGGAGCUUCACUGUAAGCCCAACGACCUGGACUGUCUGUGCAAGUCUGAGAACUUCCGCUUCGGUAUCCGCGACUGCACCAAGGAGGCCUGCCCCGAGGACAACUCCGACAAGGUCGUCGAGAUGGCCGUCAAGAAGUGCCCUAACGGCGCUGCUGGUGGUGGCAAGGACUCUGGCUCGGAGACCUCCACUGGCUCCGGCAGUGACUCGACUGGCACCGCCACUGGCGGCGCUGGCUCGCACACCUCGGGCGGUAGCGGUAGCGGUAGCGACAGCACCGGCAGCCCUAGCAAGACCGGCUCGGCCGGCAAGACUACUGGCUCCGCCGGUGCCUCCAACGGUGCUUCCAGCACUAUGAUGACCGCCACCAGCUCUGGCAAGGGCUCUUCUGAGACUGGCAAGGGUGGCUCUGGCUCCGGCUCCGGUGGCUCCAGCUCCGGCUCUGGCUCUGGCUCUGGCUCUGGCUCUGGCUCUGGCUCUGGCUCUGGCUCUGCUUCCUCCUCGUCCAGCGGUGGUGCUGCCCAGCCCAUGGCUACCGUCGGCAGCGGUGCCGCCGGUGUUCUGGGCCUGGCCGCCCUGCUGGCCCUGUAA